AUGGAGCCAUGCUCCGCACAAGGAGCUGGCGUGGAGCUGGUGGGAUGGGAGCUCCACUUCCACAGCGGCAAUGCUUCUGCAUCCUUCUGCUCCACGGGUGUCAGCUGGCAGGAGCCUCCAAGGGGGAAAACCAAACCAGCGUGGCUGUGUGUUCCUGCUGCUGUCGGCAUCAUGCACGGCCCCUCGGCCGCCGAGCCCAAGCUGCUCUUCUCCGUCCGCAACGAUUUCCCCGGCGAGAUGGUGGUGGUGGAUGACCUGGAGAAUACGGAGCUGCCUUACUUCGUGCUGGAGAUCUCGGGCAACACAGACGACAUCCCGCUGGUGCGCUGGCGGCAGCAGUGGCUGGAGAAUGGAACGUUGCUCUUCCACAUCCACCACCAAGACGGGGCCCCCAACCUGCCUGGCUUUGACCCCACGGAUGAGCCCCAGACUGAGUCGGCAGAGGAAGAGCUGAGAAUCCUCCACAUCUCCGUCAUGGGAGGGAUGAUUGCCCUGCUGCUCUCCAUCCUCUGCCUGGUGAUGAUCCUCUACACCCGCCGGCGGUGGUGCAAGAGGCGCCGGGUGCCACAGCCCCAGAAGAGUGCCAGCGCGGAGGCAGCCAACGAGAUCCACUACAUCCCCUCAGUGCUGAUUGGGGGCCACGGGCGGGAGAGCCUGCGCAAUGCCCGCGUGCAGGGCCACAACUCCAGUGGGACGCUCAGCAUCCGCGAGACCCCCAUCCUGGAUGGUUACGAAUAUGACAUCACCGACCUGCGGCACCAUCUCCAGCGUGAGUGCAUGAACGGCGGGGAGGACUUUGCCAGCCAGGUCACCCGGACCCUGGACUCGCUGCAGGGCUGCAAUGAGAAGGCCAGCAUGGACCUCACGCCAGAUUUUGCCUUCAAUUCUUCCUGCUCAGGGAGUGAUAACGCCAAGCUGUCCCUGAUGAACAAGUACAAGGACAAUAUCAUCGCCACCAGCCCCGUGGACUCAAACCACCAGCAGGCCACGCUGCUGUCCCACACCUCCAGCAGCCAGCGCAAGCGCAUCAACAACAAGGCACGAGCCGGCUCAGCAUUUCUCAACCCCGAGGGGGACUCGGGGACGGAGGCAGACACCGAUCCCCAGCUGACCUUCUACACGGAUCCCUCGCGGAGCCGGAGGCGCAGCCGAGUGGGCUCCCCCCGGAGCCCCGUGAACAAGACCACACUGACCCUCAUCAGCGUGAUGAGCUGUGUCAUCAGCCUGGUGUGCUCCUCCCACAUGAGCUGCCCCCUUGUUGUCAAGAUCACCCUCCAUGUUCCUGAGCACCUCAUCGCUGAUGGGAGCCGGUUCAUCCUGCUGGAGGGGAGCCAGCUGGAUGCCAGCGACUGGCUGAACCCGGCGCAGGUCAUCCUCUUCUCCCAGCAAAACUCCAGUGGGCCCUGGGCCCUGGACCUCUGCGCCCGGCGCCUCCUUGACCCCUGCGAGCACCAGUGCGACCCCGAGACUGGUGAGUGUCUCUGCUACGAAGGUUACAUGAAGGACCCCGUGCAUAAGCACCUCUGCAUCCGGAACGAGUGGGGAACGAACCAGGGGCCUUGGCCGUACACCAUCUUCCAGCGCGGCUUUGACUUGGUGCUGGGCGAGCAGCCAUCUGACAAGAUUUUUCGGUUCACCUACACCCUGGGGGAAGGCAUGUGGCUGCCAUUGAGUAAGAGCUUCGUUAUCCCACCAGCUGAGCUGGCCAUCAACCCCUCGGCCAAGUGCAAGACCGAUAUGACGGUGAUGGAGGACGCGGUGGAGGUCAGGGAAGAGCUGAUGACCUCCUCCUCCUUCGACAGCCUGGAGGUCCUCCUUGACUCCUUUGGCCCUGUCCGUGACUGCUCCCGGGACAACGGAGGCUGCAGCAAGAACUUCCGCUGCAUCUCGGACCGCAAGCUGGACUCGACGGGCUGCGUGUGCCCAACAGGACUGAGCCCCAUGAAGGAUGGCACAGGCUGCUAUGACCGUCACGUUGGCGUGGACUGCUCGGAUGGCUUCAACGGGGGCUGUGAGCAGCUGUGCCUGCAGCAGAUGGUCCCCCUACCUGAGGAGCCACUGCUCUACAACAUCCUCAUGUUCUGCGGGUGCAUCGAGGACUACAAGCUGGGCACGGAUGGGCGGUCGUGCCAGCUCAUCUCGGAGUCAUGCCCCGAGGUGGGGGACUGCGGUGAGCCCCGCGAGCUGCCCAUGAACCAGACACUAUUUGGGGAGCUCUUCUAUGGUUAUAACAACCACUCCAAGGAGGUGGCCACAGGGCAGGUGCUCAAAGGGACGUUCAGGCAGAACAACUUUGCCCGGGGCCUGGAGCAGCAGCUGCCAGAUGGGCUGGUGGUGGCCACGGUGCCCCUGGAGAACCAGUGCCAAGAGGAGCUCUCCGACCCCACGCCCGACCCUGAGUUCCUCACCGGGAUGGUGAACUUCAGCGAGGUGUCCGGGUACCCCCUCUUGCAGCAUUGGAAGGUACAGUCCGUCAUGUACCACGUCCGGCUCAACCAGCUGACCAUCUCCCAGUCCUUCAGCAACGCACUCCACUCUCUGGACGGGGCCACCUCCCGUGGAGAUUUUGUGGCGCUGCUGGACCAGUUUGGCAACCACUACAUCCAAGAAGCAGUGUAUGGCUUUGAGGAGUCCUGCUCCAUCUGGUAUCCCAACAGGCAGGUGCAGCGGCAGCUCUGGCUAGAGUACGAGGACAUCAGCAAAGGCAACUCCCCCUCGGACGAGUCAGAGGAGCGUGAGCAGGACCCCAAGGUUCUCACCUUCCCCGAGUACAUCGCCAGCCUCUCCGAGUCAGGCACCAAGCGCAUGGCAGCCGGCGUGCGGAUGGAGUGCCAGAGCCGCGGGCGCUGCCCCUCUUCCUGCCCUCUCUGCCAUGUCGCCUACAGUCCCGAAGUGCCGGCUGAGCCCAUCCUGCUGGAGGUCACCAAAGCGGCCCCCAUCUACGAGCUGGUCACCAACAACCAGACCCAGCGGCUCUUGCAGGAGGCCACCAUGAGCUCGCUGUGGUGCUCGGGCAGCGGGGAUGUCAUUGAGGACUGGUGCCGCUGCGACUCGAGUGCCUUCGGGGCUGAUGGGCUGCCCACCUGCGCACCUCUCCCACACCCUAUCCUGCGGCUCUCCACCGUUCACGAGCCCAGCAGCACAUUGGUGGUGCUAGAGUGGGGACACUCGGAGCCCCCCAUCGGGGUGCAGAUCGUUGACUACCUCCUCCGUCAAGAGAAAGUCACCGACAGAAUGGACCACUCCAAGGUGGAGACAGAGACGGUGCUGAGCUUCAUGGACGACAUCAUCUCUGGCGCCAAGUCACCCUGCGCCAUGCCAGCCCAAGUGCCUGACAGGCUCUCCUCCACCAUAUCCCUCAUUGUUCGCUGCCUGGAGCCUGACACCACCUACAUGUUCACGCUCUGGGGAGUUGAUAACACAGGAAGACGCUCCAGGUCCAGUGAUGUGACGGUCAAGACCCCCUGCCCUGUGGUAGACGAUGUGAAAGCUCAAGAAAUAGCAGACAAGAUCUACAACCUCUUCAAUGGCUACACCAGCGGCAAGGAGCAGCAAACAGCCUACAACACUCUGCUGGACCUGGGUUCCCCCAGCCUGCACCGAGUCCUUUACCACUACAACCAGCACUACGAAAGCUUUGGGGAGUUCACCUGGCGCUGUGAAGAUGAGCUAGGGCCCAGGAAGGCCGGCCUCAUCCUCUCACAGCUGGGGGACCUCAGCAGCUGGUGCAAUGGCCUCCUGCAAGAGCCCAAGAUCAGCCUCCAGCGCUCAUCCCUCAAGUACCUCGCCUGCCGCUACAGUGAGAUCAAGCCCUAUGGGCUCGACUGGUCAGAGCUCAGCCGGGACCUCAAGAAGACGUGCGAGGAGCAGACGCUGAGUGUCCUUUACAAUGACUAUGGUGACAAGGACUACUGA